AUGCGGAAAGGUCUGGAGAACCAAGAUUCCCGUCGAUUUGGUCGUACUCCAAAGAACAAGUUUGUGAACAAGGCCGUUGGCGCUCUUCUCCGGUCCGUUGAAUGCAGCUCGUCGUUUGUGUGGGGCAGCAAUGCCGAACGUCGAAUGCACCGUCGAGAAGCCUUCGCCACGGCCGAUCGCUUUGGCCAGCCAAGUCUGAUCACGCCAAACGUGGACGGAACAAUCACUUUGGCGUAUUUGGCAGGAGGCAUCCAAGUCAAGUCGCUUUUUGAUGUGCAGUACCUCAAGUACAUGCCUGACAAAGCAACCAUGCAACAACUGGCGAUGAACGACAACAUGGCGUCCGCUACUUUUUUCGAUCGAAGCAUCGAGGCGUUCAUCAAAGUCGUUGUCGGUUUCGACAAGUCUACCGGCCAACCAAGAAAGACUGGUGGGCUAUUCGGCCAUGUCAAGGCGUACUUUGGAAUGGUUGAGACCCAAGGUCGAGGGACGCUUCACUUGCACCUUCUUGUUUGGGUUUAUGGCGCUCCACGUUCCACGUCCGAGUUCGAGGCCCGAUUGCAGGCAGAUCUCAACUAUGAAGCGAUGGUGCUGAAGUACUCUGAGGGCAUUGUGUCCAAUUCUUUCGCUGCCCAUUGA